AUGGCGUCUGCUCGGUGGCCCUGCCUCAUCUUGGCUCUGCUCUCCGGUGUGGCGGUCUCUGGCUUCCCUAGAAGAUUAUGCCGGCUACUCGGGAAACGGAGCCUCCCGGAAGGGGUGGUCGAUGGCAUCGAAGUCUACGGCACCAAGGUCCACUGCAAGGUGACCUCCCGCUUCGCUCACAAUGUCGUCACCACCAGGGCCGUCAACCACGCAGACACUGCCAAGGAGGUUUCUUUCAAUGUGGAGCUGCCCAAGACAGCCUUCAUCACCAACUUCACCUUGACCAUUGAUGGUGUUACCUACCCUGGGAAUGUCAAAGAGAAGGAAGUUGCCAAGAAGCAGUAUGAAAAGGCCGUGUCCCAGGGCAAGACAGCUGGCUUGGUCAAGGCCUCUGGGAGGAAGCUGGAGAAAUUCACCGUCUCAGUCAAUGUGGCUGCAGGCAGCAAGGUCACCUUUGAGCUAACCUACGAGGAGCUGCUGAAGAGGCACAAGGGCAAGUACGAGAUGUACCUCAAGGUCCAGCCCAAGCAACUGGUCAAGCACUUUGAGAUCACAGCAGACAUCUUCGAGCCCCAGGGCAUCAGUACGCUGGAUGCUGAAGCCUCAUUCAUCACCAAUGACCUCUUGAGCAGCGCUCUCACCAAGUCCUUCUCAGGGAAAAAGGGCCACGUGUCCUUCAAGCCCAGCUUGGAUCAACAACGUUCAUGCCCAACCUGCACGGACUCCCUCCUCAAAGGAGAUUUUAUCAUCACCUAUGACGUGAACAGAGAGUCUCCAGCCAAUGUGCAGAUCGUCAAUGGCUACUUCGUGCACUUCUUUGCACCUCAAGGCCUUCCGGUGGUGCCCAAGAACGUGGUCUUCGUGAUUGACGUCAGUGGCUCCAUGCACGGUCGGAAAAUGGAGCAGACAAAGGAUGCCCUCCUCAAAAUUCUGGAGGAUGUGAAAGAGGAUGACUACCUGAAUUUCAUCCUGUUCAGUGGAGGUGUGACCACUUGGAAAGACACUUUAGUUCAAGCCACUCCUGAGAACAUCCAGGAGGCCAGGAAAUUUGUGAUGAAUAUUCGUGACCAAGGAAUGACCAACAUCAACGACGCGCUGCUGAAGGGCAUCAGUAUGCUGAACAAGGCCCGGGAGGAGUACAGAGUCCUGGAGAGGAGCACCUCCAUUGUCAUCAUGUUGACCGACGGGGACGCCAAUGUGGGUGAAAGCAGACCUGAAAAAAUCCAAGAGAAUGUGCGGAAUGCCAUUGGUGGCAAGUUCCCCUUAUAUAACCUGGGCUUUGGCAACAAUCUGAAUUAUAACUUCCUGGAGCGUAUGGCCCUGGAGAACCACGGGCUUGCCCGCCGCAUUUAUGAGGAUUCCGAUGCCAAUGUGCAGUUGCAGGGCUUCUAUGAGGAGGUGGCCAACCCGCUGCUGACAGAUGUGGAGGUGGAGUACCCUGAGAACGCCAUCCUGGACCUCACCCAGAGCAGUUACCAGCACUUCUACGACGGCUCUGAGAUUGUGGUGGCUGGGCGCCUUUCAGAUGAGGACAUGAACAGCUUUAAGGCGGACGUGAAGGGCCACGGGGCCAUCAACGACCUGACAUUCACUGAGGAGCUGGACAUGAAGGAGAUGGAGAAGGCCCUGAAGGAGCGGGACUACAUUUUUGGGAACUACAUUGAGCGGCUCUGGGCCUACCUCACUAUCGAGCAGCUGCUGGAGAAAUGCAAGAAUGCCCAUGGCGAGGAGAAGGAGAACCUCACAGCCCAGGCCUUGGACCUGUCCCUCAAGUACCACUUCGUGACUCCACUGACCUCCAUGGUGGUGACCAAGCCUGAGGACAACGAGAACAAGACAGCCAUUGCCGACAAGCCUGGGGAAGGUGGGCACGGAGGCCCCGUGAUCCCCUCCAUGGCUUACCUGACCAACUACCAGCCUCCCCAGACACCCUACUACGUGGAUGGGGACCCCCACUUCAUCAUCCAAGUUCCAGAGAAGGAUGAUGCCAUCUGCUUCAACAUUGACGAAGACCCAGGCACAGUGCUGCGCCUCAUUCAGGACCCUGUCACAGGCCUCACAGUUAACGGGCAGAUCAUUGGUGAGAAGAGAAGCAGCCUGGACUCCCAGACCAGAAAGACUUACUUUGGCAAGCUGGGCAUUGCCAAUGCUCAGAUGGACUUCCAGAUUGAGGUGACACCGGAGAGGAUCACCCUGUGGCAUGGGGCUGCACAGAGCACGUUCAGCUGGCUGGACACGGUCACGGUCACACAGGAUGGGUAUGACCUCCUCUUCUCUCCUAGACUGUCUGUGACGAUCGACAAGAAGAACAUGGUGGUCUCCUUUGGAGAUGGGCUUACUUUUGUGGUUGUCUUGCAUCAGGUGUGGAAGAAACAGCCCAUCCACCAUGACUUCCUGGGCUUCUAUGUGGUGGACAGUCAUCGGAUGUCAGCACAGACACAUGGGCUGCUGGGACAAUUCUUCCACCCCUUUGACUUUAAAGUGUCUGACGUCCACCCAGGCUCUGACCCCACAAAGCCAGAUGCCACAAUGGUGGUGAAGAACCAUCGGCUGACAGUUACCCGGGGCUCCCAGAAGGACUACAGGAAGGACGUCAGCGUUGGCACAAAAGUUGCCUGCUGGUUCGUCCACAACAAUGGGCAAGGGCUGAUUGAUGGCGUCCACAGCGACUACAUUGUCCCCAGCCUGUUCUGAGUGGACAUGCCAGCUCCUACUGAGGCGGCUGGCAGGGCUUGCAUGGCAUCUGGAACAGAGGCACAGAG